CCCGAAAGAGCCCAGACCGUCCCGCCGCAGAUGGACCCGACCGUGCUGGCAGCCUGGGGCGCGACGUGGAGCGAGUGUUGGUCGCUGAGCGGGGGUGCAGCCCCCGUCGGAUUUCCAGCCCCGUUUCCUGGGCAUUGCAAUGACGAAGCGGCCCGACCUUGCUCUUGCGACGCGGAGCUGAGGCGGAUAAUUGCCCUCCAGGCGGACGGAGACCUUGGCGCUGCGGUGCCUGCUCGUGACCGGCUUCUCGGUGCUGAAGUGCCCGCGAGGUUGGAAGGCGUGUCGCGCGCGGGCGGCUACGCGGGCCAACCCCAUCGCGGCGCUGGCCUGGCGACGCCUUCGCCGACAGCGACGGCGCCUGAUGCCCGGGCCCUCGCCCUCACCACCGCCCCCGCCAGCGGCGGGCUGGUGACGCCGUUCAAGCGCCACGGUCGCCACUGUGUGUGUCCAGACGUUCGACGUGGCGGGCCACCAGAUCCUGGUCAGUUGCGAGGGCGACGCUGCCGGCACCAAAAGGUGUUCGAGCGCAGGGCAGAGCUCCCAGCGCAUUUGGCGGAGCAGAUCUACGCGCACGACCCCAUUUCCUGGCGCCAAACCAGCAGAAAGUUUUCGGCUUCACGCCUCCAUAGCAGGAGCGCGAGGUCAGGGAAAGCGCCAAGACGCUGGGCCACGAGAAAAUUGGCGUGCUGUCCUAAAGUCUUCAACCACUCAAGAGCAUCCGACGACCGCGCGCAUUAG